AUGCAGCGAGAGACCCUGGCCCUUGGCUGGGCCAUUGCCACCAUCUUGGCGCUGCAGACAGUGGCCGCGACCAAGUGCACCCCACGGACCCUGCACCACAAGGCCAGGGUGUUCGAGGACCUGAGUGCCCAAGAGCUGAAGGCCGUGCGCAACUUCCUCUGGUCCCAUAAGGAGCUGAGGCUGGAGCCUUCCCGAACACCGACCAUGGCCAAGAACUCCGUGUUCCUCAUUGAGAUGCUGCUGCCCAAGAAGCAACACGUACUGAAAUUUCUGGAUAAAGGUGGAAGGCCUCCCGCGCGGGAGGCACGUGCCGUCAUCUUCUUCGGAGCCCAGGAGCACCCCAACAUCACCGAGUUCGCUGUGGGGCCCCUGCCAUGGCCCUACUACAUGAGAGAGCUGCCCCCCAAGCCUGGGCACCAGGCCACCUGGGCCUCCAGGCCCAUCUCCUCGGCGGAGUAUGCCCUCCUGGGCCACGCCCUGAAAAAGGCCAUGAAGCCCCUGCACCAGUUUUUCCUCGAUACCACAGGCUUCUCCUACCAAGAUUGUCACUCCCGAUGCCUGACUUUCACAGACGUGGCGCCUCGGGGCCUGGCCUCCGGCGAGCGCCGCUCUUGGUUUAUCUUGCAGCGCUUUGUAGAAGGCUACUUCUUGCACCCCACUGGACUGGAGCUCCUCCUGGAUCACAGAAGCACCAACGCCCAAAACUGGACGGUGGAGCGGGUCUGGUACAAUGGGAAGUUCUACCGGAGCCCGGAAGAGCUGGCGCGGAAGUACGAGGACGGAGAGGUAGACGUGGUGGUUCUGGAGGACCCAUCGCCCAAGGGCAAGAGUGAAAAGAGCACGGAGGAACCACCCCUCUUCUCCUCCUACAAGCCACGUGGGGACUUCCCCACCCCCAUCAAUGUGACUGGCCCCCGCCUGGUCCAGCCCCUAGGUCCCCGCUACCGGCUGGAGGGCAACACCGUGCUCUACGGCGGCUGGAGCUUCUCCUUCAGGCUGCGUUCCUCCUCGGGGCUACAGGUCCUGAACGUGCACUUCGGGUGCGAGCGUGUAGCCUAUGAGGUGAGCGUGCAGGAGGCGGUGGCACUGUAUGGAGGACACACGCCUGCGGGCAUGCAGACCAAGUACAUCGACGUGGGCUGGGGCUUGGGCAGCGUCACUCAUGAGCUAGCCCCUGGCAUCGACUGCCCGGACACAGCCACCUUCCUAGAUGCCCUCCACUACUACGAUGCCGAUGACCCGGUGCGCUACCCCCGAGCCCUCUGUGUCUUUGAGAUGCCCACGGGAGUGCCCGUCAGGCGACACUUCAAUUCCAACUUCAGCGGCGGCUUCAACUUCUAUGCAGGCCUGCAGGGCCAGGUGCUGGUGCUACGAACAACGUCAACAGUCUAUAACUAUGACUACAUCUGGGACUUCAUCUUCUACCCCAACGGGGUGAUGGAGGCCAAGAUGCAUGCCACCGGCUAUGUCCACGCCACCUUCUAUACCCCAGAGGGGCUGCGCCAUGGGACCCGCUUGCACACACACCUGCUUGGCAACAUUCACACUCACUUAGUGCAUUACCGCGUCGACCUGGAUGUGGCAGGCACCAAAAAUAGCUUCCAGACCCUGGAGAUGAAGCUAGAAAAUAUCACCAAUCCCUGGAGCCCCAGACACCAGCUGGUGCAGCCGACCCUGGAGCAGACAAGUUACCACCGGGAGCGCCAGGCAGCCUUUCGCUUCAGACAGCCUCUGCCCAAGUACCUGCUCUUUGCCAGUCCCAGGGAGAACCGCUGGGGCCAUAAGCGCAGCUACCGACUUCAGAUCCACUCCAUGGCCGACCAGGUGCUGCCCCUGGGUUGGCAGGAGGAACAGGCUAUCACCUGGGCCAGGUACCCCCUGGCCGUGACCAAGUACCGGGAAUCAGAAGUGUGCAGCAGCAGCAUCUAUAACCAGAAUGACCCCUGGGACCCACCUGUGGUCUUUGAGGAGUUUCUUAAAAACAAUGAGAACAUCGAAAAUGAGGACUUGGUGGCCUGGGUCACAGUGGGCUUCCUGCACAUCCCCCACUCAGAGGACAUCCCUAACACUGCCACACCAGGGAACUCUGUGGGCUUCCUGCUCCGGCCUUUCAACUUCUUCGAUGAGGACCCAUCCCUGGCGUCCAGAGACCCCGUGAUCGUGUGGCCGCGGGACGGUGGCCCCAACUACGUCCAGCGCUGGAUCCCUGAGGAGGAGGGGGACUGCUUAAUGCCUGACCCUUUUAGUUAUAAUGGGACUUACAGGCCUGUGUGA